CUGUUUUUCGCGUUAGUCAUCCACCGUGACGAUGGCACGGCUGCAACAAUUGCUCUCGCAAGCCUCGAGCUUGUCACCAGCACUACCAGCAGUUUGCGACACGCAUCAGUCACCUCCGGACAUUUAUGAGACGCUUUGUUCUCUCCAUCAGCCACCCAGUUGCACUCCGAGCCUCCUUUGCGCCACGGCUCGCGCAGAGCACUCCCGCCUGUUUACUCACAAUGGCCAGGCGUAGGCAGUCAUCAGGAGUAGCCGCGGCCACCACAUCCUCGAGUGACGGCCCUUCCCGAUCCCGUCAGCAGACCAAGGUCCCUUUUCCCGCAAACGUCGCCCAUCUCCACGAUGCAGAGCCUCAUCCUACACCGGCCCCGGCGCGCCGCCAGUCAUCACGCAACAUCUCAUCCCACGCAAGCACGAACCCCAAUACCAAUCCAGAUGUUGUUGAUGGUAUUACUGCGCUGCGGGCUUCACCGGACAACGUGGAGCUUGCGAGUAUUGCAGACGAUCUGAAACCCGACAGGGAAAUUCCUCGCCAACCCACUGACGCCACACCUGCAGCGCCGAAUGCACUCACGGAGCAUAGCUCCAUUGAUGUACCUGCAGAGGCGCACGGACAGUCACGAGGUGCGCGCUCCAGGAGGCCUAAGAACGGGAGUGCGCCAGCACCUGAGACAGCUGCGGCUGGUGUCCCUGAGCAACCCCCCGGCAAGAACAAACGAAAGAGGGGUGCCAAUGCGAAGGAGCAUGUGAAGGUGGACAGUGCGGCUGCCAAUGGUACCACCGACGCUGGAUCCACAACAGCUACCACAGCCUCCUCAGGGCCUGCCGUUGAGAAAGACGUGGGGGUCACUGUUGAUCCUGAAGCUGACGAAGAUGCUGCCGAGAGCGAAGACGAGAUCAAGGAAGCUUUGUCCAGGCCGCCGCCCGUCAACUCUGACUAUCUGCCUCUGCCGUGGAAGGGCCGUAUUGGAUACGCCUGUCUGAAUACAUACUUGCGCAACGCUAAUCCGCCCGUCUUUAGCUCACGGACGUGCCGGAUAGCCAGCAUCCUCGAGCAUCGACACCCUCUCAAGGACCCGUCGCAGCCUGAGCAUGCCACUAAGAACCGCCCUGCCCGAGAUCAGCCCGCCGACGUUGCAAGAGGACAACGUUACGUUGAGGAGUUCGGUCUCGCCAACGCCCGCGAUGUCAUCAAGAUGGUUCGCUGGAAUGACAAGUACGGCAUAAAGUUCAUGCGCCUGAGUAGUGAGAUGUUCCCCUUUGCCAGCCAUGAUGAAUACGGCUACAAGCUCACUCCUUUCGCGGCAGACACCCUCGCCGAGGCGGGUAAGGUCAUUGCUGAGCUCGGCCACAGAGUGACUACGCAUCCAGGCCAGUUUACGCAGCUUGGAUCGCCGCGCAAACAAGUCAUUGACAAUGCCAUCCGUGAUCUUGCCUAUCAUGAUGAGAUGCUGUCGCUUCUCAAGCUGCCGCCCCAGGAAGAUAGAGAUGCUGUCAUGAUCUUGCAUCUUGGGGGUGCCUAUGGUGACAAGCCUGCUGCUAUUGAACGCUUCAAAGAGAACUACUCUCAGCUUCCUCAAAGCGUCAAGAACCGUCUUGUUCUUGAGAACGAUGAUGUAGUCUGGUCGGUCCACGAGAUCUUGCCUCUUUGUGAAGAACUCAAUAUCCCCAUGGUCCUUGAUUUUCAUCAUCACAACAUCCUCUUCGACUCCACUCAGAUUCGUGAAGGCACCAAGGACAUUGUUGACUUAUUUCCUCGUAUCCUUGAGACAUGGAAGAAGAAAAACAUCACACCGAAAAUGCACUACUCGGAACCGUGUCCAGAAGCAGUCACCGCGCGGACCAGGAGAAAGCAUUCCCCACGUGUGAUGACGCUCCCGCCGUGUCCGGACACCAUGGAUCUCAUGAUCGAGGCAAAGGACAAGGAACAGGCUGUCUUCGAGCUCAUGCGGACGUUCAAGCUGCCGGGUUUCGAUUUCUUCAACGAUGUCAUCCCGCACGUUCGACAAGACGAGAACAGGCCGUGGAAGCCAAAGCCGAAGAAAGCGGCAAAGAAAAGCAAGAAGAAGGCAGAGGGGCUAGAAGAGCUCGAUGCCAAAGUGGAAGAAGAGGCGGAGGAGAAGCCUCCGCCCGUUGUUCCCGAGGAAGAGGUUGGUAUGGGAGGCCCAGAUCGCAGAGUAUACUGGCCGCCAGGCAUGGAAGAUUGGCUGCGGCCAGUCAAGCGCAUCAUCAAGAAAAAGGACGAUGCAGAUGGUGCUGCUACGCCUGCGAAGAAGAAGAGGAAAACUGCAGCUGGUGCAGCCAACACAGAUGACGUGCCGUCCAUCAAUGGCGAUACAUCUGCGGAGAAGAAAAGGUCCGUGAAGAAGCCCGCUCCAAAACGUGCAACCACCAAGCAGAAGGGGCCUGGAAAGACAAUCCCGGCGCCUUCUCCGUCUGAUGAAGGUAGUGACCCGCUUAGUAGCCUAGGCGAGGACGACGACGGCGAUGAGGGUGGAGGCGCGCCGCCGAACAAGCGUGCGGCGCCCGCUCCGGCUAGGAAGAGGUCGGGGCGAGUGUCUCAGCGGGUGAGCUACAAGGAGGAAGAGGCUGAUGACUGAGUGUGCGAAUGUCACCAUGUUAUUAUCAUGUGCUUCUUCGGUAUUGCAAGGUCGCUGGUA